AUGCUGUUAUAAAAAAGAUGAAAAUCUACUCCAGGUUACAACGAUAAGGAUCGAUCGAUGGAACUCAUAUCACUUGUGAAAAGUAAAAAAGACUCCAAGGCCAUAAAUCUCAUAGAAAAUGGGAUAGACACAUCAUUUGUUGAUCAGGAUGAUAACACCGCUCUUCAUUAUGCCAGUUCAGCGGGACUUGUAAAUGUGAUAAUUAGUAUACUAGAGGAAAGUGUGCUUACGUUAGAUAGCUGUGGAAAGGAUGGACACACAGCAGUGCAUUUUGCAGUUAUUAAUAAGAAUAUAGAAGCUUUGGUUGCUCUGGUAACAUACGGUGCAAAUAUCAAUAUGCUUGAUGAGCCCGAAAAAACAUGA